AUGGCACCCAAUGGCCACGACUUCACGGUGUCUGCAGGCCGGACGCUGCUGCUCCCCUGCAAAGGCUCCUCCAGACCCAAACAAAAGUGGAUCCGUCAGAAGGAGGGAGGCAGGCGGGAGGUCAUCUUUACCCGCUUCAAGGACGGGACAGUGAAAUCAGAGACGGACGGCGGCCGGCUGAGCUUCGCCCACGACGCCCUGCAGAUCCAGGAUCUGCAGCUGGAGGACAGUGGAGAGUAUCUGUGCAACGGAAUCCUGCAGGCCAGAGUCGGCGUCCUGACAGUGCAACCUGAGCCAACCAGCAUCCCAUCAUCCACCAGUACAACGUCUACUGUGAUGAAAACAGAUGUGGUUGAAACAAAGAAGAAAGAGAAGAAGAGGCCAGAGAACGCUCUGCUGCUGGUUGCCAUCGUGGGUUUGGGGUUGAUGAUCCUGUUCAUGGCGGCCGUCUGCGUUUUACUGACCAGCAUGAAGUGCAGGAGGAGGAAGAAAUGCAAAUAUGCAGCAGCACUGAGACAUGAAGACACGGAGCUGCAGCCGUGGAAGACGUCCAGCGGACAAACCGAGUGUGAGGCGACUGAGAGUCCGUCCCCGCCGGAGGAGACCAUCCAUUACGCCUCUCUGGGCCGACAGAACUGGAGGGAGAGACCCAGCAGGACUCCACCGGAUCAGAGCCCCCACAGCGUGAUCUACUCGUCUGUCAUCACCAGACCUGCUGCCAGAUAGAAACACGUCGAGUCCACCUCAUUCAUGCCGACUUUCUCCGUUUGUUUUUGUCUCUGUUCAGCAGCUUGCUUUACUCCACGUGCAUCGUCUCUUUUGUGUCAGCACAAACCCCCUUAUGGAUUAUUCCAUCUGAAAUCAUCUGCUCCACCAUCUCUGAUUUACGUACAACUUCAUCACAAACUAAACUAAUCUUUAUCUUGAAUAUAUCAAACACUGUGAUAAAAUGUUUUUAAAAAUUCCUGGUCAACCCAAAAACUGCACCAUAACUGGGUUUUAAAUAAUCAGGGGCGUUCUUCUCAACCAUCUGUGAUUUA